CUGAAUUGACCCCGCCCACCCCCACAGAAAUCCUGUUGAAUUAAAAUUGGUAUUUAAACAGUCCUCUUCAUUAUGCUGUGCUUAUUUUGACAUUAUGAGAGCAACACAAAGGUAUCACUGUAUUAUGAGCAGAUUGCGACAGAGAUUGACUGGAAAGGUCUGUCCCAUCCAUUUUCUGUACCGCUUCUCGUCACUAGGGUUGCGGGCAUGCUGGAGCCUAUCCCAGCUAUCUUCGGGCGAGAGGGGGGGUACACCCUGAACCGGUCACCAGCCAAUCGCAGGGCACAUAGAAACAAACAACCGUUCGCACCUAGGGGCAAUUUAGAGUCUUCAAUUAACCUACCACGCAUGUUUUUUGGAAUGUGGGAGGAAACUGGACUACCUGGAGAAAACCCACACAGGCACAUCAUGCAAACUCCAUACAGGCGGGGAUGGGAUUUAAACCUCAGUCCUCAGAACUGUGAGGCAGAUGUGCUAACCAGUCGUCCACCGUGCCGUGCUGGAAAAGUCACAAAAAGUAAUACAAGUGGAUGCCCUUGGCAAAAAGUAGGCUUCCCAAACAUUUUACAGUUGGACUUGUGAAUCAAUAGUUUGGAGGUCAAAUUAAAUUCACCUGUCAAGGUUAUAGUGGAUUUUCACCCGAAAGUCAAAUAUCCCCAACUUUUUGUGAGUAACUUCGCUUUUAAUCAAAUGUGCUUCGUAUGCCUUUUUGAUACUGGACCCCCCCCCCCCCCCCAAGCGUGUUUUAUACACACAUAAAUGUCACUGUUUUUUGUUGUUGUUGUUUUUUGUGCCUUUUCAUCCAUCCAUUUUACAUACCGCUUAUCCUGUCCCGGGGUUGCCGGGAGCCAUAUCAAACGUCGGUUGACAGAAGGCGAACGGCAGACUACAACCCUGCGCGGGCACCAAUCAAUCACACUGGGCAUAAAGACGCAUAGACGAGCAUUCUUGCUCACAGUCACACGGUCACUGAGGAACUGAACUCGUGGUGCCUGCUCAGAAUUUAGGCGAGUGAACGAAAAAACUGAUAUUGUUUUCACACAACACAAAGCUUUGAAAUAAAACUAUCGACUAAAAACUAAACUUCAGGGUCAAAUUUUGACCCUGAAGUUUUUCAGGGUCAAAUUUUGUCCCUUUGUUACUUUAAGACAAAUGUAGCAGAUACAAAGUCUGUAGUUAAAUAUCUGGUAUAGCGUUAUAGGCUGUUUGUGUUAUGUAGUACUACUGCUUUUAGCCACACUUCGCAUGCGUGGGAUAUAUACGAGUUUUUCAAGGCGAAUGACUCACAGGCAAAACUGCACAAGCUGUGCAAUAAAGAUAUUAUUAGCAUUUCACUUUAUUAUUUUUGUACUCUGUAGCCAAUGAUGUUUGAGUUACUUACAGGCGGCGACGCGAAGUUGUCGCGCCUAACAGACUACAACCGCGGAGUAGUGUUGAUUAGCGUUUAAAGAUGGCUGACAGCGUAUCCGUCCCAGCCAAAAGAUGCGAUUCUGGCAAUCUAUCUUCUGUAAGUAUGGACACUAUUUCGACACUGACGGAGCUGGACGACCUGGAGAGAGUUUAUCAGCAGCUCUGUGUUGAAGAGAAAGCAGUGGAGGUUGAACUGGAACAACUGAUGGGACAGGAGGGAACCAUUCACACAAAAAUGUUGGCACUCCAGAGGAUGGGGCCCAACCUACAGUUGAUCGGAGGAGAUGCCAGCCAGCUGUCCGGCAUGAUCACGUUCACCUGCAGCCUAGCAGAGAAUGUCAGCCGGAAAGUUAGACAGCUAGACCUGGCUAAGACAAGACUGUAUAACGUUAUCCAGCGUGCUGAUGACAUCCUGGAUCUGAAGUUCUGUACGGACGGCGUGCAGACAGCUCUGCAUAAUGAAGAUUAUGAGCAGGCUGCUGCCCACAUUCACAGAUACCUUUCUCUGGACCAGUCAGUUAUUGAGCUGAGCAGGCAGGGAGAAGAAAGCAGCACUGUGGAUGCCAGUCUGCAACUGCUGCAGGAGGCUGAGCAGAAACUGAAGGUCAUCGUAGCUGACAAGUUGGAUGAAGCUGUGGCAGCGGUAGACCUGGCACAGGUGGAGAGGUUUUUCAAGAUCUUCCCCUUGCUGGGCCUCCACGAGCAGGGCCUCGCCCGCUUUGGACAGUAUCUCCGCAGUCAGCUUGCCUCCAAAGCAGAAGAGAACCUGCUCUUGGCAACAGGAGGAGACUUGGGCGAGAAAAGAGCUCCACUCAUAUUUGCAGAUACUCUGACACUAUUGCUAGAAGGCAUUGCUCGUGUCGUUGAGACCCAUCAGCCUAUCGUAGAGACGUAUUACGGUCCAGGCCACCUCUACACACUCAUCACUCACCUGCAGCAAGAAUGUGACCAACAGACCCAGAAGAUAGUGGACAAGUUCAUGCAGCAAAGAGGAUACCUCUGCAAAUUUCAGAUUGUCCAGAGCAGCAUGAUGAAAAGUGUCCCCGGGGAGAGGAUUGAGCCCAGAGAGCUGGACCCUGUAUUGGCAGAAGUUACUUUAAUGAACGCGAGGGCGGAGCUUUACCUGCGCUUUCUGCGCCGACGUAUAAUGGCCGACUUCGAAGUUGGCGACGGUCAGAGCAUCACAGCGGAACAUCACCAGAAUGUGGAGAAGCUGCUGAAACAUUGCGUACUGAGCAGGAACAUGCAGGAGCUGAUCGGAUACUACAUUCCAAUGGAGGAGUACUACAUGCGGGAGUCUGUCAACAAGGCUGUUACAAUUGACACAUUUGAGAAAAGUCAGCUGACGUCCAGCAUGGUGGAUGAUUGUUUCUACAUCGUAAAGAAGUGCAUCAGCCGAGCUCUGUCCAGCUCCAGCAUCGACUGCCUUUGCGCAAUGAUCAACCACGCCAACUCAGUGCUCGAGUCCGACUUCAGGGAGGUGUUGUACAACAAGCUGAGGCAGGGCUUCCCAGCCACCACGCUGCAGGACAUCCAGCGCGGCGUCAGCAGUGCAGUCAGCCUGAUGCAGAGCAGCUUACAGCAGGGCAAGUUCAACACAGAGUUCAACAUUGAGAGCGCCGAAAAUGCCAAGGCUGCUUUUUUGGUGACUCUCAAUAAUGCAGAGGUGUGCAGUGAGAACAUCUCAACUUUGAAGAGGAACCUCGAGAACGACUGCUCCAAACUGUUUAGUCAGGGGGCCAGUUCCGGUGACCGAGCCAAGAUUGAGAGCUGCUUGUCAGACCUUGUCAACACAUCUGCAAAGUUCAGGGACCUUUUGCAGGAGGGCCUAACUGAGUUGAACACGACAGCCAUAAAGCCUCAAGUCAAACCCUGGAUCAGCGGCUUCCUGUCCAUCUCGCACAAUAUAGAGGAGGAGGAGUUCAAUGACUACGAAGCGAACGACCCCUGGGUGCAGCAGCUUAUCGUCAACUUGGAGCAGCUGAUGGCCGAGUUCAAGACAACCCUCUCUCCUGUUAUCUACGACACGCUGACCAGCCUGAUGACCAGCUUGAUAUCCAUCGAGAUGGAGAAGAUGGUCCUCAAAUGCUCAUUCAGCAGGCUGGGAGGGCUGCAGUUUGAUAAAGAGCUACGUUCCCUUGUGGCCUAUCUCACCACUGUGACCACCUGGACCAUCAGGGACAAGUUCGCUCGUCUUACACAGAUGGCCACCAUCCUCAACCUGGAGCGGGUAACCGAGAUCUUGGACUACUGGGGGCCAAACUCGGGCCCCCUGACGUGGCGUUUGACCCCGGCAGAGGUGCGUCAGGUUCUAGCUCUGCGCAUUGACUUCCGAAGUGAGGAUAUCAAGAGGCUGCGACUGUGACUCGUCACUCUAUGAUGAAUUUUACAAAGACAAUCCUGGCUUUUAAAAAAAGUUGACAGAUCGGGCAAACUUCUUGUUGUUGGAUAUUUGCUGCACUCUCCGGUGCUAUAGGAUGAAGGGCUGUCAACUGGAAGACAUCCUGUAGAAUAUUACUUGAGUAAAAGUGUCUGAUUGGUAAGUAUCAAAAGUAAUUAUCUGAUAUUAAAUGUAAUUAAGUAAUGGAAUUAAGUUUUUUUUUUUUUUUUUUUUUUUUUAAGCAAACGUUUGUUUUUAUUUUGUCUAUUUUACCUCAUUAGCAUACAGUAGUUAAAGAUCUGCAUGGCUAAUGAGCGAAGUUUGCACUCGUUGCCUGGCCGUCACGUUACCCAUAUGCCUAAACAAGCCCAUGAUAACUAAAAAAAACAUUGACAUUUUGGCUUCACUGGAUUAAUAUCAAUUAAUUUAACCUACCUCGAUGUGCUUCUUCGGGUUGGAUGGGGAGUUGUUGUAUGCCAAUAUUUCUGUUACUUGAGGUUAGUAUAAGAGGCACUUCAUCUCCUGUAUGAAAAGCUUUCCUAAAAAAAUCUGCUCACAGAUGUGUGGGGUUAUUUGACGGGAUUUAUUGAAAUUCUUAAACACACCUUAAAUAACGAAUAGCAUAGGCAUUCAUAAUACCAAAAAAUAAGCAGCACAUGCUGAGCUAACCUAAAACAAGCUAAAGGUUGCUAAUUUGUAAAGCACAUUUACAGGCCACAUGGUACUUAGCAUUGACAAGUUAGCAUAUUUGCAUGUAAAGCAACUGAUUCAGCUGAUAACUAGAGUACUGGUAACAUUCAAUUAACACUUGCAAAUAAAUAUGAAACAUCGCUUAUAUUAGCAUUAGCAUGUACACAUUUAGUCAAACCAAAUACCAUCAGUGGUAGCAGUGCAGUUUGUCCGAUGAGACGCUCCUUUCUCCACUUGUGUGACAGUUUAGUUGCUUGGGUUUAUCUUGAACCAGUAACUCACACAGCAGCUUGUCUGUUUCAUUUCAUUUCCUCAUCCUGAGUGAUUUGACUUCCUGUCAUUUUAAAAUGAGAGCUCGUCCCUGUUGACCAGGGUCACGCUGCAAGGGCUUGACCUUACGUCAUCCUUGUUAUCGCCACAACCAUUGCAGUCGUUUUGGUCGUCAUGUGCUGCUGGAUGUGUUGCGUGAGCAGCAGUCAGCAGCAUGUGGGUAAAUUGGAUGCCUCGCGGGACUUUUUUUGCUUCGCUUUCUUGUAAUUUUAUUUUUAUUUUGCAGUAACACGUAAUGAAGAGGAUUAGAGGAAAUGUAGCAGAGUAAAAGUUUAAUUUUAUUUAGAAAAUGUAAUGGAGUAAAGUGAAAGUUGCCAGAAGUCUUACUGACGAAGUCAUGUACAGAACAUUUUACAGUAACAAAGUAUUUGUACUGCAUUACAAGACUGCUCUUGGGUGGUAUAACUUGAAAAGCUGAUAUCAGUCUGUUGCAGAUUGUGACCUAAAUGUGACUAAGCACUCUUGUUAAAUAUGAGAAGAGUCCUAAAUGUAUAAUUAAAAGGUCUAUUAAUGGUGUCACACUGGGAUUGCCAACCUGCUAACUUGUAAUUGCGUGAAAGGAGGCCGCCCCAUGAAGGCGAAGCAGCGCGGUAAUGAACAUCACAGCCAUUAAAGUGACAGAAGCGGGUCAGACAGCUGAUCCAGCAGUCAUUCAAUAAAUUAAUGGCCGCUCAUCUGUGAGGAUGAAACACUUUUAACCUAAUAAACUGGCUCGCCCGCGCCACAUUUUUCACGUUCAUCCUGAUUGGAUAAUACGUUCCAGCCAGCGCGGCCAUGCAAGAGCUGCUCCGAAUCUCCACGUUUGUGGCGGUCCAUUCUCAUUUUGCGACCUAACCCAAAAUGACCGUGUUUUCAAUUUUGAGAGCAUGAGCGCACGCACACACACACGGGAAAUAGUUAGGAAAAGUGUAGCUUUAAUGUAAACACAACAUUCGAUUGGCUCAGCACAAACAUUCCACAUGAGAGCAACCAAUGAACUAGAGAAUAAGAGAUGGGGUGCAGCACAAAAACAUUCACAGUAAAAAAAAGAAAAAUCUGGUAUAAUCGUAAUAUAUUUAUAUACAAUACGGUGCUUUUAAGGUGAGGAGGGAUAGGAUAUGAGGGGAGAUGUGUAUACAGGAAUGCGGUGUAUGGGUGAAAAUGAAGAGCUGUACUUCUGUGUGUGAAAAGGGAAUGAUGAUGAUAGAUGGGAGGGGAGAAUGUUUUAAGAUAGAGGCUUGGAAUAUGAUAGUUUCUCCCCAGACAAAGGCUGCCUGCAAUGAUAUUCUCCUUGUGCAGUCUUCUAUGUCUAAACAGAUUCACAUUGAGGGCUACAAGUACGUUUGGAAAUCAAAUGUGUGGCAUUCAGGAGGUUGGAGGAAGGGGCAUGAGGCUUAAAUAAAAAACUAAAAAAAAAAAUAUUCCAUGGUCAUAACCUUAAAUAAUAGCCAACUAUGAUACUAAUCUGUUCUCAGAUGGUUGGCACCGAUAUGACUCCCCCCCCCAAAUCAGAGGCGGGUUCGAGACCACUCUACACAGGAUAAUAGUCUCUUUCUGUUGAAGUACAAGAGACAAGGAGUGGAACAGACCUGCGGGCUACUCAGUCAUGUGUGUGGCCCUCUGAAGGAGAGACAACAAUGGCGCCUUCCCGCGAUUAUAUUAUCAGCAUGUUCUCCGCCAUCUUACAGCUUUGAGAAACGCAGCACCAGACAAUAUUUGGGGUGUUUUGCCCCUUCUGCACUGCAUUUGUGCUGUCGCUCCUGCCCCCUCCCCCAGUUGUUUGUUUACGCUCAUCAACAAAUCAUUAACAUUCAAAGACAAAACUGGUGUUGUGAACUCAUAAGAAGAGGAAGGGCACAAAAAUCAUGACAUGAAUCUGACGUGAUGUCUGGCGGCAGCUCUUUGGGUCCAUUUCGGACGUGUAGAAUUACAUAUUUGCGUGUGUGUUUUU